UUCUGGCAGAGGCUUAUCAUCAAAUGCACAAGAAGAGUUGAAUACAAUGGAGAAGAAGAAAAGAAUAGCCCAGUCUGUUUUUGAUGAAAUGGUACAAUAUGGAAAACGACUGUUGGAAUGUAUAAGAAUUCUGAGGGUUAGCUGAUUACAUCUUUGUUAAUGUUAAAUUUCAGGACGUAAAUAAUGAGGUUCUUACUGUCCCAUCUCUUAAAUCCAACAGUAUAAUUAAAGGAAUGUUUAAAGACAUACCUUCGCUAUUUCAGCUUCAUGAACAUCUAACCAAGAGCUUUGAAUCUUGUAGUAUUGGAAGCAUUGUAUUGCCCUCUGCUUUUACCAGUGACAAGGAGACCCAGAUUUUGAACAUUUACAAGAGUUUCCUCUGUCGCUAUGCGCUGAAUUUUCGAGCUUUCUCUGAGCUUUACUCCACUAAUGAAGAACUUCAAGAUAUAUGCAAAGGUAUCGUUACUAAAUCUCAAUAUGAAGAACAACGUAUCCAGAAUGUUCCUGGGAUGUUUUAUGGUGUCAGUACUGCAUUGCCACGUUUCAAAGAUCUUAUAUAUAGACUCAAAGGAGCUUUAUUGCCAAAUGAUCCAGAAUAUGCAAAUGUUACAAAAGCUUGGAAGUUUAUCAAGGAUCUGCUGGAUCGUUCAGAGCAAGAAGUUAUUUUGCAGGAAAAAAUGUUGAAAGCUCGUGAAGCAUUAGGUAAAUUAGAUGGUCUCCGUGUGAAGUAUAUUCAAAUUCCAUUAUUGCAUUUGGAGGGGCCGGCGAAGAAAUUACCACGACGUUCAAUACACAGAAGACUUUUAGAUAGAUAUUUAUUUCUUUUUUCUGAAUAUUUAGUCAUGACUGAGCCUGCUAAUGCUGUUGGUCGUUAUCAAGUGAAAUCAGAAAUACGGCUGACUGGAAUGACAUUAUGUGAGGUGAAGGAUGAUGAAGAAAUUAAUGUUGAUCAUUGUUUCAGAAUUAAAGCGAAGGAAUUAUGCGUUGAACUUGCCUUCUCAAGCGAAAAUGAGAAACUCCUCUGGUGGAAUGAAUUACAACAGGCAAUCGAUUGUGAAUGUAAUAAACCGAAUAGUAAUAGUUAUGAUGAAAAAAAAACCUUACUGAAUACUAAUAAUUUGGGUGAAGUUGCAGCUCAAUGGGUUAAAGAUGAAUCGUCUACAAUGUGUACAAAUUGCUGUACGGAAUUUACUACAAUUAAUAGACGUCAUCAUUGUCGUGCAUGUGGAAAGUUGUUUUGUGGUUCCUGCUCAGCGUAUAAAGCUCCAUUGGCAUCAUGUGGUGGUAAAUAUCAACGCGUUUGUGUUGUAGAUUAUUAUUUGAUCAAUAAGGAUGCUAAACCGCCAACACCUGAAAUUAUGGAGGCCAUAUUACGUCGAACAGAUAAGAGACGAAAACACCAUUUAAAGCGAUCAACAUCUCAACCAGUAAGAACUGGAUUUCUAAUGUGGAGUCAUUUCGUCAAUAAUUCAUGGUCUGCUAAACCAUCCAUACGAUUGCCCAAAUCAUCUGUUGAAUAUCGAUCUAUAAACAGAAAUGGUGAAAAGCGAAAAGAAACGCUGCGUGAUAUCCACCUUGUAGACUCUUUCGAUUCAAAUUCUUCUGCAAAUGAUGUAUCAAGUCAAAAUGGUCCUUGUGAAGGAGAAUCUCAACAGGUUUCUGUUUCAUCAUCUAAUGUUAGCCAACCAAUGGAAUCUGUUAGCCUUGAGUCAUCUGUUAAUUCGAAGUCAUCGUCAUCAUCAUCAGCGUGCCUUACACGUUUAUUUUGUGUCCUGCAAACGGAUACUUCUUUCUCAUUUUAUGCUGCACGUGCUGAUACGCGUGCAGUAAAUAAAAUCACCGUGAUCGGUUUACGACUCUUUUAUUUGGAUGAAGAUUCACCUAACAAACCAUCAGAUGAUGGCAAUAUCUCAAAAAAUCAAUCCCUGCCAUGUGGCAAAUCUCAUAGUUUCGAUAAUUCAUCUCAAUUAUUGAUGAAUACAGAAGCUUUAGUGGAUGCUCUUCAAUUAUCUAAAGCGGAGUGUCCGAAUUUCCCUCGUCAAGGUAAUCCAAUCUACAGAAAUUUCAAACCUCCUCCACAUGCUCGUAAUAUUUUAGGUCAUAAUUCCUCUGUCGAGUCUCCUAGUCUUUCACUUAUUGCCACCUUAUCAAAAUCUUUAACUCAUACUCAUGUAAAAUCUCUAUCAGAGGUUGCAUUAUCCAGUAGACUAUCAAACCGAUCCACACAAUCUUGUCGAGAACGAUUAUCUACAGAAAAUCAUGAAAAUUCUUCACAAAAGAUAUCAGAAAAUCAAGAUAUCGCUGCUAAUGGUACGCUAACGGAUAAAGAUAUUGUAAAGCAUUUGGACUCAGUCAGUCCUGAGAUCUUGAGUCUUCUACGUAACAAUUUGGGUUUUCUUUUAUUACCGUUAAAUACUGACCGGCCAGCUCAUUACUUUGAAGCAGCAACAGUUGAAAUCAGAACUCAAUGGAUUAAUUCUAUUCGUCGGGUUUGCAUUGACUUCAUGUCGUGAACAAUGAAUCUUUCAAAGAUGAUCGAUCAACUUGAUUCUCAUUGACUGUUAAAAUAUUCUUGUAUAAUUCAGUAUUUAUGUGAUUAUCACUUAAAUUCCUUUGUGUACCUUUCUAUUCUCUCUAUUAAUUAGCAUUCUACUUCCACGAGUACUACGACUGCUAUUCUCUAUUGAUUUUUGUUACUCUUUAUAUUACUUAACAGUAAUAUAUGCACAAUAGGUGUGUUCUUUUUGUCUUACGAGGGGAAUGCAAAUAUAAAAUGAAAGCCUGUGAACUUAUUGUGUAUAACAUAACGUAGUGUUUAUCUCUCUUUUUCAAUCUACUACUAUCUACGCUUUUACAGGGUGCAAUGCACUCCUUCCUCAUUUUAAUGAAUCUCAUAUUUUUGAAACACAAAUGUUCCCACUUUUUGCCUUUAUAAUUUUAAUUAUGCUUUAUUUUAUAGACUAUAAUAGUAUUCAUUAUAAUAAUAAUAAAGUCAUUAUUUUA